AUGGCUCAAUCAAGCAAGACUGCGUCUUCCGAAAAGAUGAAUGAAGACAAUAGGAAAGGUCCAUUUGUCAUUGAGCCAAAGUACGAUUGUCCUCAUUUGGGUGAUCGUGCCUAUGUAUUGGUUCAGUCGACUGAACUCGCUGAUGGUCAACAACCACCAUGUGCUGAUUGUGGUAAAACGGAAGAGAACUGGGCAUGUCUACAUGAUAAUUGUCAAUAUGUGAGACAUUUGUCGACAACUUAA